AUGAUCAAAAAUUAUAAAUCAAUUUUCCCAAAAUCAAGACAAAUUAGAAAAAUAUAUAUAAUAAUACCAUUUUUUUUAACAUUUUUAUUUUUAUUACAUUAUUUAAAUACUUAUGAUCAAGUAAAACAAUGGACAUUUCAAGUUAUAGAUAAUAAUAAUAAAUUGAAAAAGUAUUUUCCGAUUUCAAAUUAUAAUGAAAAAUCUUUAACUAUAUUACCAUCAAAUUUUGAUACCACAGUAAAAAUUGAUCAUAAUAUAACUGAAAAUAAUAAUGAAAUUAUACAAUUUAGUGGUAAUUAUAGUCCCUUAUCUGAAUUUAUAACAAAUCAAACAUAUUCAAAUCAUCAAUUAACAAUAUUUGAAUCUAUUGGAGAAUCAUUUUCAGAAGAAGUUCCUCAUCAAAAAUUUUAUGAAAAAUGUAAUAAAUUACAAAUUGAAAAAAAUAUUACAAUAACACCAUACCAGAAUUUAAAACAAGAUUUUCAAUAUAUUGUUAAAACUUUAUUAAAACAAAUUGAAAAUGAAGAUGCAUUUAAAGAAAUUUCAUCUUUUUUCCAAGGUAAAAUUCCUGAAUAUCUUAAAGAAGACACGUUAAAUGAAGAACAUUUUUAUAAAUUUGCUGGUACUUCAGUUUGGUUAGAAAAAUAUGGAGUUCAUUUAAUGGUAAGUAGAUUUUUAUUUACUCAAACUUCAAGAAAAGCAGAUCCUCAAAUUAGCUUAUUAUAUUCUCAAUUAUAUAAUGAAAAUUGGGAAGAAAUUUUUAAUAUUGAUUUAAUUUUACCCGUUGUGGAUGAAAAUGGUGAAAGAAAAUAUGAAAAUUUAAAUUUUCCUAGAUUUAUGCCAAUACCUUUUUAUCAUAAUUCUAAAAAAACAGCAAAAAGAUGGUAUGGACCAGAAGAUACAAGAUUAUUAUUAAGUAAAAAUGAAUAUGGUGAUGAAGAACCAAUUGUUAUAUUUAAUGCAUUUCAUAGACAAGUUAUUCCAAUAAGUAGUGAAUCAUCAUCAUCAAAAAAUGAUAAAAAAUUACCAACAAAAUUUGGAUUUUAUAGAUCAAUGUUUAUGGGAUAUUUAUUUCGUUAUCAAAGAGGUAAAAAAAAUGUUGAUGGAGGUGAAAAAAAAUAUUCAAAAACAAUAUAUAAUAAAGUGGUUGAAUUAAAAAUUAAAGAUAAAAAAAGAGAAAAAACUGAAAAAAAUUGGACUCCAUUUAUAAAUCCAAGUGAUAGAAAUAUAAAUAAUUUAAAUGGUGGUGAUGAAUUUAUAUAUAUUGUUUAUCAAUGGGAUCAUUUAAAAAUUUUAAAAUGUGAAUUAUCAAAUCCUGGAGUAGUAUCAAAUUGUGAAUAUCAUUUUCAAGAAGAUAAUACAAAAAGUAAAAUUGGACCAGUUAGAGGUGGUACUGAAUUAAUACCUAUCAAAACAAAAAAUUCUUCAAAAAAUAAAUUAAAACAAAUUUGGAUUGGAUUUUUAAGAGCUCAUUUAAAUAAAUGUGGUUGUGGUAAAGCAAUGUAUAGACCAAAUUUUAUUAUUUUAAUUGAAAAAAAUGGUCAAUUUAAAUUAAGUCAUUUAUCUUCUUCAAUUUCAUUUAAUAUUCAAGUUGAUGGUUGGAAAUAUGCUCAUAUACAAUGUGCUAAAAAGGAUCCAAAUGUUUUAAUCCCCAAUGGUAUUUCAAUGUAUGAACCCAAUUCUGAUUAUUUAUCAUUAACUUUAUCAACAGCAGAUAAAGAUGAUAAAUUAAUUCAUGUAAAGGGUUUAAAAAAAAUUAUUGAAAAAUCACUUAAUUUAAAAUGGGAUGGUAAUUUACAUACUACACAACCUUCAAAACAAAUUGAAUGUGUAUUAGAUCAUUCAAUUGAAUUUUGUAAACAAUAUGGUUUAAAACAAGAUUUAUUAGGUGUAUCUGAAAAUUAUAUAAAUAAAUUAAAAGAAGAAGAAAAAAAAAUUGCAAAAGCUCAUAAUGGUAAUGUACAAAUUGAUGAUACAAAAGAAAAGGAUUCAGGGAAGAAAGUUGAAGGUGAACCUACUGUACAACAACAAUCUCCCGAACAACAACAACAACCGGAACAACAAGAUGAACAUUCAAAUGAGGAUAAACAAGAUGAAAUAAAACAACCAAUUCAACAACAAAAUCAAGAAGUUGGUUCUGGUGCUUCUCCUCCAGUUGUUUAA